GAAAAAAGUCUCGAGGUCCAAGCUGGAGCCGAGGUAUCGUUUCAAGGGCUGGAAGGACCUCGUGGGCUGUCGAAAAUUUCAACUAUUUAUUCACGCGCCAGCCGUGUGAAAAACGAGGCACCACAAGCUUGCAAAAGCUGCCACCUGGAGCCGAGCACGCGUCGCACACUCGCAACAGCAUAAAAAGCAUGGGCGGCGACCACAGCGACGCGCCGGGCCUGCUGCCGGGCGUCUCGAACAAGAAGAAACCCGUCGACCAAAAUGUGGUAGGCGCGUUCGCGCUCAACUCGCCGAAGGAACAGGGCCUGUUCAAGUACGAGCCCAUCCCGGCGGCGGAACUGGCGCGGGCGGAGGCGCUGCCGCCGCCGCCGCCGCCGACGCACCCGCCGCCUCCGCAAAGAUAUCGACGGGCGAGAUCAGCACGCCGGCCGGCGCCCGCCAAGUCGCGGAGCGGCGCCGGCCACUGCUAUCGGUUGCUAGGAUGCAUCCGGACGAAGGAUUACGGCAUUCGGGGCGGCGACGCGCGGGCGGCGCGAUUGGCGCGAGGCAACGGGUGCUUGGACGUCCUCGAGGCGUCCGCGCCGUACGCGGAAUUUGAAUUAGGCACGCAUAGCAGUGCGCCGUGCACCUUAGAUGAUGGCACUUUGUUAUCGAGGGUCGAGGGCGAGCUCCCGUGGCUUCUUAAAGUGCUAUCCAUAAGAAACUGCACGCCGUGCGGUGCGCAUCCCGACUUGCAGAGUGCGGAAUCCCUUCAUUUGAAGGAUUCAAAGAUAUACCCGGACACGAACCACAAGCCGAAGCUCAUGAUCGCAUUAACUCCUUUCGAAGCCCUGGUCGGGUUUAGGCGAAGGGCGGAGCUCGCUGAAUUACUAGCGCGGACGCCGGAGCUCGCGGCGUGCGUGCGGCCCGAGGCCCAGUUGUUGUUGCAUACGUGCACCGACGCGAACGAACGCGAGGCUGUUCGUUCUGUUUUUGAGUCGUGGAUGCGUAGUGCCGACGUGGUCGUGCAAACUCGAAAGUUGGUGGAACGGUUACGGGGAGAACACCAAGCGUCAAAAGCGUCGGGCCCGGCCUGGCUCAAGAAGUCGCAGAGGGCGGUGCUUCAAUUGGCCGAGAGCCACCCCCAACAAAUGGGCGCGAUGCUGCCCUUGUUGCUCAACUAUUUGUUGGUGGCGCCGGGCGAGGCCUUCUACGUGGCGCCCUGCGAGCCGCACGCGUAUGUCGCGGGUGAGUGCGUCGAAGUGUGUGCUUCUUCAAAUAAUUUCGUGCGCAUCGGACUCUCCCAGCGUAUCGACGUCGAGGCCGCCAUCACCUUGCUGAGCUACGAGACCGGCGGCCCGGACGUCGAGUUCGGGCGGCUGGCGCACCAGGGCCCGGGCACGCAUACGUUACGAUAUGCCCCUGAUGUCGCGGAUUUCGAAGCUAGAGUGACGACGGUGGAACCGGGCGGCUGCUUCGAGCUGGAGUCCUUCCCCGUGCCGUCGAUCUUGCUGGUGGUGGCGGGGAGCGGCGAGACGGGCGUCCUCGCGCAUGGCGCCCGGUCGCCGCCGCGGAAGCACCGUUAUACAUUAGUGCCGGGGACGGCUCUCUACGUCACGGAGGGCACGCUGCACCUGGCCGUGAGCGUGCCUUCGGGAAAUUCCGGGCCGCUGCGCCUCGUGCGGUGCUGCGAGAACUUGGACGGGGUUCUGCAAACGGUGGCGGAGACGUGAACUUUACGCGCGAGAGACACGCGGACCUAACUAUCUGGUUGUUAUG